AUGCUCGGCUCAGAACUUUGGAUCAAGGUCCUGGUGUCGAUUGCUGUAUGCUUGAAACGUCGCAUCGCUGUCUUUCGCCGGUUACAGAGAAUUUCACGCGGACAUAUGGCAAUAGGAAAGGGAGAAUGUACUCAGGCUGUGCAUGAGUUCAUCUCACAAGAAUAUGCCCGAGCAUGCUUGAUCGCCUACGAGUCCUUACCGAAGGACAUGCAACAGGAGGGAUGGGGGAGACCAGGAACAGGUUACGACUCUGUGCAGUUCCGUCGCUCGUUAUUGGAUACUGUCUUGGGCCUCGCGCCUCUUAUCCCUAAGGACGAAGACGGUCUUUCUCCUUUACAUUAUUGCGAUUCAGCGGUUCAGAUGGCAAGAUAUGCAGCCCGUGAGCCUACACAGCGAGAAUUCGAGAUCGGAAUAAAUGCCGCUCUGCAAAUCAAGAAAAUCUUGGAAGAGUGUCGACUAGAGAUGCUUGAAGGGUCAACAACCGAGUUUGAUCGCUCAGUCUCUGCUGAUUGA